AUGAAGUCCCUAUGGUCCACCCUUGUGAUCGUUAUGCUCCUGGCCUAUUUGGUCACAGGUAACUGGCAUGUGAAGAAGUGUGCCAACAGAAUGGGGAACUGCAGGAAGAAGUGCAGAAAUGGAGAGAUGAAGACGGAGCCUGCCACCGGGAUGUGUCCCAAAGACAAAUGGUGCUGUGUUCUGGACAUCAAAGACUGUGGUAGCACGGGAAAUCCUUCAGGUGACGACCGGAGCGUCAGCGGCAGUGCUGUUGCAACACCUUGGGCCACCACAGCAGCGGGGGCAGCGGGGGCUACGGGGGCUACAGGGACUACGGGGGCUACGGGGGCAGCACCUGCAGCAGGAGCGACAGGGACAGCCGGGGCUGGGGCCAA